AACACUGACAUUGAUUUAGAUAUUUGGCACGUGUUAUUAGAAAAAAAACGUCAAAAUUUAUUUGCAAAAUCGAGCACAGAAAAACCUACCACGAAAUAUUCCAAAACACCAUAUACACUGAAUAUUAAAUAAUUUACUCAAUACCAAACACAAAGUUCUCGAAUGAAAUGAUCCAAAGUGAAUAAAACCAAAGAGAAAAAUGUCUGCGGAACCAGAACAACGGCGUAACAACUCCGCCGAAAGCAAUCACAAUCAUCACACACAAAAUACAACAAAAGUGAAUGAAGAAGGUGAUGCACCGCAAAAUGUCGUCGUUUCCAAGAAAGAUGUUGUCUCAAUACAACAAGAGAAUGAAACACCUUUCAAUAAACAACGCUUGGGGGCGUAUAAACACUUUGCACGCACUGCAAACCGCACACUGACCACAUUCACCAACGAAAUGAGUGAAAUCCUAAGACAAAGCAUUGAAAGAUUGGAUACAAUCAGCAUGAAAGUGCGUGGAUGUGUGUAUGAAAUCGAACGACAACGAGUUGCAAUGCCGCAGUUGCCUGGUAUUGUCGAAAUCAACGAAAACGAGAAUGCCAUUGCAGAACCACGUCCAGAUGAGAACUAUUGGGAUAAACAGGAAGAAGAACCAGCAGCCAUGACGGUAAACACGUGUUUAAUUAGUGAUAUCAAUGAUAUCGCUGCCAAAUGCACGAAGACACCUUCAAAUGAACGAAUUGCGAUUGUCACGAUUGAGAAUGAAGACAAAAACAAACAAAACACAUUAUUACCUGAUGUAAAAGAGGAGGAAGUAAAAGAGUUAACACAAGAUGAUAAAGUUGAUGUAAAUUUACCAAAAAACACUAAAAAAUGGGCAAAAACAAACCAAAAACUUACAAAAACAUCAUCAAGGACAACUUCGAAAAGAAACACAGAUGCUACUUCAAGUAAUAACGAUGAAAAGGAAGUGAUGCAUCGUAUAAAUAAACAACAUAAACGCCUAAAACGACGUGUGCAUACAACAAAAUCAAACGCAUCCAAAGAUGGAUCAACAAUGUCUCCAUCACCAUCCCCACGUGAAACCAAUAAACAAUCAAAGAAUCUCCAAUCAAAACGUCGAGUUGUACGCAAAUGUGACGCAGCCACCGCUGUGAAAUCAGUAUCACCACUACAAAAACGCGCAAAACAAACGAAAAAAGUCAAUGAAUCCUUCACAAAAGAAAACUUUAGUGAUGCAGCGUGGUUUGGACCCAGUAAUGUAUCCCCAACAUCACCAGGUGCUAAAUCACUAAAAUCAAGUAAAAGUAAAAGUAAAAAUAUGCGUCAAGCACAAUCAAAAGCAUCAACAACUGCAUCAGGUUUAAGAAUGGAGAAUAAAAACACAAAAUUAUCGCGAAAAUUCGCAAGUUCCAAUUUUCAUGAAGUGCAACAAACGACAAAAGUUGAAAGUUACACUGGUGGGCACGUUGUAAGACUUACCAGUGAUAGUAAACAGGAUUGGAGUGUGAUAAUGCACACACAAAAAUCACCUACAAGAUAUGAGUUAAGGCAAAGUUCACCACUGCCAGCGAAUAACAUCCUGGAUGAAAUUACACUCAAAGAUUUAGAACCGUUGAAAGCUGAAUAUCCACGACGUGAUCAUUUAGUUGGUAGUAAUCAACGCCUGGAAGACACAUUACUCUAUAAACUAGUAAAUGGUAAUCCUACUUCGAUAGAAACCCUGGUGAAUGUCACCAGUAGCAUCGUCAGAGCCUUCGAGGAUAAAGACAAAGAGAAACGUGUGCCGUCCGCUGCACAAUUUGUCACAUCGCCGAAAACCAUGUAUAAUAUGAUGCCCGGGGCAGCACCGCUGUAUGUCUCACAACUUACAACUAAAACACCUAAAGUAGUACCCAAUACACCAGCACCAGUGAAGAAUCAAGCGAAAGGUGAUGGUUCCACACGUGCAGGAAUCUAUCGCAGUCAAGGGGAACAACGUGGACAUCCACGGAAACCUCCAAGUGCAAAAGAAGCCAUCUUAGCACAUUCCAAACGCAUAGCGAUUAAACUCUCAGAGAUAAAACCGGCGAAACAAGAGCAGCAGUUUUAUAAACAAGCGAGUACCAAAGAUGCAAGGAGAAGAUUGAAGAAAUAUAUUGCGGAUCCGAAUAAAACCCAUCAGAAGUACAUGGUUAUGAUGGUACAUACUGUGGUAUAUGAUAAUUAUAAAUACCAAUCCGAAAAUGGUGGAUUUGAGGUUAAAACUCACCAGGAAAAAAGUCCAGAAGAUAUUUUAUCUAAAUAUAUCUAUCUAGAUAUUGAUGAUUGUUCAAGAUGUAAAUAUAAACCUGUGAGGGAGUAUACAGUGGCGAUUAUGACUACUCCAAGUAAUAUACAGAAUAAAAAGAGUGGAGCUAAUCAGUUGAGGCCAACAAAUGAUAGGGAGUCUGAGUUAAGAGUAAACCGGUCUUUAGGUUAUGGUGGUAGUGGUGGGGGGGGUAAUACUCAUCAGAGACGUGGUGUUACACCGACAAUGUCCACUCCUACAACGCCUAAACAAAAUAUGGGUGAAACAACGUGGAAGAAUGUGAUUCGGACUUGUUACCAGCCGCCAUUAGCGCCGCAAUUAAAACGCGUGCAAAUGGAUGGGACACAAGUAGGAAAUAAAGUGAUAGAUCCUUUGGAGGUUAAGAGUAUCAUCUCAAGAAUGGAAUUGGAGUUGAAACAAGUCGUAGAGGAUCCUAAAAUUGAAAAUAAAGAAAUGGUUAUCAAAGGAUUGCAAGAACAAAUGGAAUGGAUUUUAUCGACGCUAGAAGGUCAAACAACAGCGAUAAAAAAGCGCAGAGAACUGAAUCAAAAGAAUUCAAAGUUAUCGAAUCAAAACAAAAAACCUACCGAAAAAUCCCUCCGUGAACCAAUUUUAAAACCCGUAGAUGUUUCCAACUCUAAACCAUCAAAACUUACUCUCACUAUACCUCCAAUUUUAAUCGAAAAAGAACAACCUUCCCUAAACAUCCUCGGUAGUGAAUUAAAAAAGACCCAAGCAACAACAACAAUCCUACCACCGCCAUUACCAAGUGAAUGUGACCGUGAAUGUCAAGCGUCUGCAGUUUCAGAUGAAAUGCAAGCGCAGUUGAUGUGCAAAUGGCAAGCACUGGAACAUCCCUCAGGAGAAUCCCUAGAAAUCGCCAGUCUUAAAGACCUUAGUGUACCAUCCACACAUUCAGGAGAAGUUACAACACCUGUAGUUGUAUUGGAACCGAAAAAGGUGAUAAGUCGACCGGAAACACGCCGUGAAGGCAGAACAUACUUAGGAUGUACUAAAAAAAGUAAUUCAACACUUGGCAGCAGCCAGGAAAGAUUCCAAACUGUGCAUGAAGGAUCCCUGAAUAGAGAUGGCAGGAAAAGUUUUUCGAAUACAGAGAAAAUGAUGGGUGAAAUACUUGCAAAGAUACAAUUACAAGAAAAUGAAGAUAAAAACGAAGAUGAUGUUGAUGUUGCAAGUGUGUAUAAUUCAUGUGCAGAAUCUGGGAUAGAUAAUCUAGAACCUCCUGUCAAAGAAAAUAUACAAUCAAAACUAACACCUGAAGAAAUAAUUCAAUACCAAGAAAACAUUAAACUCUUAGAAUCCCAGCUGGGUGAAGAAACACAGCGUUUUGUCGAUGAAAUGGACGAAGUUAUUAAACAAAUCGAGAGUCAAACAAACGCGCCGGGUGUUUCUUCAAAUGAUAUACUCACACCUUUCAUGGAUGCAGUUAAAGAAUAUCAAAAUGAAGAAGAAUUAUACACAACAGAACCGCUGUUAUCCAUAGAAUACGCCCGAAGUGUUGAGUGUGUUUUGGAAACACAUUCAGGCGUAAAACACGUUGCAACAACAACCAAUUCAAUCCAAAUCAACAAGAUGGAU